AUGGAGGUCGAGAAGGUUAAGCACCGUCACUCCUCGUCCCAGAGUACUUCCGAACGGGCCCACGAUGACGGCGACGACGACGACCACAUAUCCAUCUUGCGCGAUCGCGAUGCCAAGCAGACCCUUCCCUACGAGGCCGACGACUCGCCCUUCCCGGAGGUGCGCGCCGUCGUCCAGCCCGUCGAUGACCAGUCGCUGCCCGUGAACACCGCCCGCAUGUGGACCAUUGGUCUCCUCUUCACUGUCGUUGGCAGUGGUUUGAACCAAUUCUUCAGCUUGCGCCAACCGAGCGUCACCAUCAGUGCUUUGGUGGCUCAGCUCCUGGCCUUCCCGCUCGGUUGUGCAUGGGCGAAAUGGAUGCCCUUGGGUUGGCUCAACCCCGAUCGCCACUUCAAUAUCAAGGAACAUGGGUUGAUCACCAUCAUGGCCAAUGUCUCCAUUGGCUCCGCUCAGGCGACUCAGAUCAUUGAGGCGGUCGUCAAAUUUUAUAACAUGCCUUCAGAGGGUGGUUUUGAGGUGUUACUGUGCAUCACAACGCAGCUGUUCGGCUUUGGGUUGGCAGGGAUGGCGGCCCGCUGGCUGGUCAGCCCGGCCUCCAUGUUGUGGCCUCAGGUCCUCUCGAAUGCGGCACUAUUGACCACUCUCCAUAAUCGGGAGAAUGCGGUGGCCGAUGGCUGGAGGAUCACCCGCCUCCGGUUCUUCUUAAUCGUAUUUUCCGGAGGCGCCAUCUGGUAUUUCGCGCCGGGGUAUCUGUUCACGGGUCUCAGUACCUUCAGCUUCAUCUGCUGGAUUGUACCCAACAAUGUCAUCGUCAACCAGUUGUUCGGACAAACUACUGGUCUAGGAAUGUCCGUCUUGACAUUCGACUGGUCGCAGGUGGUUUAUGCUAACCAGAGUCCUCUUCUGGUCCCUUUCUGGGCCGGUCUCAAUGUGAUGGGCUCCUUUGCCCUUUUCUUCUGGAUCCUCUGUCCCAUCCUAUACUAUACCAACACCUGGUACUCGGCCUUCCUCCCGAUGCUCAACUCGAACACGUUUGACAACACCGGCAAAACGUACGACACCGCCCGCAUUAUGAAUGAUCAGGGUAUGGUGGAUCAGGCAGCAUACCGGAGUUACUCGCCCAUGUUUCUUCCCGCGGGAUAUGCUAUCACCUUUGGAGUCGCUUUUGCAAAUCUCUCCGGUAUAUUUUUUCACAUUGGUCUUUACCAUGGUCGCGACCUCUGGCAGCAGUGGAAAGGGACAAGCAAGCCCGACGUGCAUGCGCGCCUAAUGUCGAAUUACCGCACCGUUCCCUGGUGGUGGUUUGGUACGGUCACCGUGCUGAUGUUUGUGCUCAGCGUUGUCACGAAUGAGGUGUGGAAGACCGGGCUCCCGGUGUGGGCGGUGCUAGUGGCCUUCCUCAUGCCAAUGAUCUAUUUCAUCCCGGUGGGAAUCAUCAAAGCCCUCACGAAUAUCAGCAGCAACCAGUUGAAUCUACUUACCGAGUUUAUCGGUGGGUAUGCUUUCCUAGGCCGGCCCAUCGCAAACAUGGUCUUCAAAUUUUAUGGUUAUGUUGCCGUUCAGCAGGGACUGGAGUUUGUUGCCGACAUGAAGCUCGCACAUUACUUGCACAUCGCGCCGCGCACCCUCUUCAUCGCCCAGGGACUGGCCACCCUCAUCGGGGCGAUUGUUCAGUGCGGCGUGACGGUGUUUAUGAUUACGAGGAUUGAUGGGGUCUGUACGACGGACGCUACGGGUAAUUUCACCUGCCCUCAUGGUCGGGUGACCUAUUCGUCCUCUCUCAUCUGGGGAGCCGUUGGUCCUGGUCGCCUCUUUUCCCCGGGUCAGAUCUACGGCAAUAUACUGUGGUUCUUCCUCGUCGGACCCGUCGUCGUGAUAAUCACAUACUUUCUCGGGCGGCGCUGGAAACGCGUAAAUUACCUGUCGUGGCCCGUUGCAUUCGGCGCCAUGAGCCUUGUCCCACCCGCCACGGGUGUAAGUUUCUCAUCUUGGUGGGUCAUCAACGUCAUCUUCAACGGCCUUGUGCGUCGUCGAAAACCCGCGUGGUGGUCGAAAUACAAUUACGUCCUUUCUGCUGCUUUGGACUGCGGCGUUGCGGUUUCCACUGUCCUCAUCUUCUUUUGUAUCACAUUACCUGCGGGCUCUUUGGAGUGGUGGGGCAAUACUGUAUAUACAAAAACCGCUGAUGGCAAGGGAGCGCCGUAUAAGGGUCUGCCUGCUCGGGGUUACUUUGGCCCCCCUCAGGGUGCCUGGCAGUAA